GGAUAGUCGUAGAGUGGAUGUGGAAGACCCCGAACGGCCAAGAUGGCGGCGUCCAUGGCAGAUGCCGGUGGUUUUGAGAAGUGGCUGAAUGAUCGGCUAGAUUACUUAGAAGUGGACCAGGAGGUGUAUGGAGCUUAUAUUUUAGGAAUACUUCAAGAGGAGGAGAGUGACGAAGAGAAGGAGGACGCACUGCUAGGAAUUCUAUCUGCGUUUUUGGUAAAUAUACAGCAGGCAGACAUGCCAUGCUUGCGCCGCGGUAGUCAAUAGAUGGCUAACGUGCUCAAUGGUUACAAGUGGGUGUUAACUACGUUAACGAACAACUGAGUGACUACCAUCGAUCUGUUCCCUAUAACUAACUGGUAACAACGUUAGCUAAAUGUGCCAAUCUACCAUUAGCCAUAUUUGGAGAUGGGGUUUUGGCGAAUCAAACCUGAAGUUAUCCAGACCUUUUCUAUUAUUAGCCGGCUAGCCCAUGUUGAGACUUUGGUGGAACUCUCCAGACUCCAGCUGGUUAGAAGGCAGCUGAGCUGGACAGACAAACAGAUGGUUCAUGACAUACAGCAGGGUGGCCAAGCCUCGAGAGCUACUGGGUACCGACCGUAUGCAGGUUUUAGUUGUUUUUACUAAUCAGCUGCUCGUCAGGUUCAGUUGAAUUAAGUUUGUUAGAUCAGGGUUGGCUGAAAAUGCUUGAGCGCCACAUCUAUUUCUAUGGGCACAAGCACCCAGUGUUCACCCCUGUUGUAGGCUGAGAGAGAAUUUGGAAGGUUGAAAGUUUAUUUCCUGCAAUUCUACACAUUUUGUAAUGGCGUGAAGAGAACAUUUUACAGUUUUAAAGCUCAUUGACUUGCAAUUCUAUACAUUUUGCCAUAUGCCUAAUGUGUAUUCAUGUGAUAUUUGAGUGACUCAAACAUUACAACAACAUCUAUGGGCUAAAAAACGUUAGCUGACAUGGGCUAGUUGAUCUGGACAGUUCUGACAAGUUAUAAUGUUAAAUAGCUCUCGACGGUAUGCAAUGACUGACAUGACAAGAGGAAAACUGAUGAUGUACUACCCAAUUUCGAAAUUGCAUUUUGUGUAUUCUACUAUUACAACUUUCAAAAGUAAGUUGAAAGCCAGACUGAGUAAAAAAAAACUGGUCCGCAAAUUGCUUUUGACGAACAAAUAGUUGCGGGGUAAAAAUCUGUGCGGCAUACGUUAUUUUUUCUUCGUUUCUUACUGCGCAACUACCGUACAUUGGACUUUGUUUUGAAGCCAGAGAUGGAGCCGUAUUUCACUGAAAGUUUUACACAAAUAAUUGUAAAUGUUCAGUUAUAAAACUGACGAUUGUUUAUUUUUUAAAGUAUUGAUGAUGGGGUACUGUUGCUUCAUGCGUUGUAUGUAUGUGCUUACUGUGACUGUCACCCUGAUAUUGGCUACUAGGUAGCUACUUCCAACGCUGUUGCCGGACAGAAGUGCUUGGCAAGCGGGAGCGAAGAUGUCCCGGUGUUGUUGCCGUUCAUGCCCUCCCCAUUGAGGAGUAUAUUUUAUGUAUGUAUCAAGGUGACAUCUGGAUGGUUAUCAAUAUUAGUUAUUUCUUGUAUAGGCUGCUAUCCUACUUGAAAUCAAAUCAGUGGAGGGACAUUUUUUUGCCAUGUUAGCUACAACCGGCGACACGACCGUGAUACAGCUGCCCAGUAGGAGGCACCUCAAGUCUGCAGGCAUGUAGAUACAACACCUGUACACUGGUCGCCGGCUUAUCGACUCGUCGUGCAGCCCAAUCAGCCAACCAUAACGGUCUUGAGUGGCAACAAAUCUGCCCAAUUAGCUGAUUCACUUUCCAUACACUCACUCGCCCAUACUCCGGUUGCCAUAUUGGGCUGCAGCUAUCCAUACUUCUCUCAAAGUACUGAUGUUCAAAUUCACUAACUAAAUGCAUCUCCAUAUUCCACUGUCUUCCAUGCACAGGAGGAUGAGAAACUUGAAGAUGUCUGCAAAGAGAUCAUUAGUCAGUGGGCUGAGAGCUGUGCCCGGUCUGCAACCAAAAACAAGGAGGAUGGUAUGAACAUGAAUCAAAAGCUAGAAACUUAAAGACAGAACAUUAUUCUAGCUGUACUUUCAGACAUGAGCUAAUAGCUGGAGCAGCCAUUGUAUGGAUUAUCUGUUGAAUUUCCUCUCUGUCUCUGUCUGUAGUUGAGGUACUGGCCAUUGCCAAUCUGAUAGAGAAGCAGGCACAGAUUGUGGUGAAACAGAAGGAAGUAUCUGAGGAGUCCAGGAAGAGGAAAGAAGCUAAAGAAGCAGUCCUGGCUCAAUAUGCCAAUAUCACAGAUGAUGAGGAAUAUCCUUAGCUCAAUAUAUUGCAACUGUUGUGUGCCCCUACAGUUAUGCUUUGCCCCUUGUUAAACCUAUACAGCGCUAAAGGUCUUCGGUGUUUAUUUCUGUAAUGUAUAAUGCAAGCAGUGUCUCCCAAAAUGUUCAUUUUUAUGUGACUGCAAUGAGUAGCACUAUUUGUAUGGUUUCCCAGAUCAUUUUUCAAGUUUCCUUGACAUCAACACUGAAGCUGAAGAGGAGGAGCAGGCAGGAGCUGCUUUUUGCCCCAGUGGUGAUAAAUGUAUCCUUUCAAUGUUUCCUAUUGCUCCUCCUAUAACUCCUAUUGAGGAAAAAUGUACUUACUGUGAUAUGUGGUUGUCCCACCUAGCUAUCUUAAGAUGGAUGCACUAACUGUAAGUCACUCUGGAUAAGAUUGUCUGCUAAAUGACUAAAAUGUAAUGCAAAUGUAUUGUUUACUGCAUUCAUAAAGUAAUAUUUAACCAGUAUAAUAUUUUUUAAAGACCACUUAUGGCACCCAGUCAACUUCUUAACCCAGGUAAUAGUACAUUUUGGUCUGUAUUCGUAAAGCGCCUUGGAAUAAGAGUGCUGAUCUAGGAUCAGUGUUGCCUGUUAGAUCUUGAAUAUGAUUAAAUGUAUAGGGGAAACCUGAUCCUAGAUCAGCACUCCUACUCUUGAGACGCUUUAUGAAUACGGGCGCUGGUUUUGUUGUGAAACUCCUUUACUGGUCGCCUCAGCCCUGUUUAAGAACACCAACGUGGAGGAGGUUCUGACCAGGAAGAAGCAGCAGAGGGACCAGGCUAAGGAAGACUCCCAUAAGAAGAAAGAGACAGACAAGUUGCAGCGUGAGAAGGACAAACUAGCCAAGCAGGACAGGAAGGACAAGGAGAAGAAACGCACACAGAAAGGGGAACGCAAAAGAUGA